GGGCCAUGUUGCAAAUUAAAGAAGAGAAAUUGACUGACUUCCUGGUGAGCUUAUCUUUAGCCCUAAAAUUUAGCUCUAAAGCUCCUCUCCUUUCUCUGCAUGUUGAAGCUAUUGGGUAGAAAGUAUCCACCUCCAACUAUGGCUUGGGCUUUCAUAGCUGAAUCAGUGGCAUCUGCCAUCAUAGAGAACCUAACUAGCACUGCCUACUCCUAUCUGAGUGAAAACCUGGCGCCAAAGACUAUGAAGGCUGCGCUGGAACGAGUAAACCAAGCCCUUCCACAAAUCCACGCAGUCUUAAGCAUUGUUGAAAGGGCGCAGAUCUGGGAACAAAACAAAGCACUUAAUGCAUGGCUCUGGCAACUAAGAGAUGCUGUAGAAGAGGCAGAGGAUGUUCUCGAUGAGUUGAAGUACUACGAGCUAGAGAAGAAAGCAAAUGCUCAUGAUGACAAGGUGAGCGGCUCUGUCUUUGAACCUAAGAGAAAACUCUUUACUUUCCAUAAUCAUUCCUUUAGUGAUGACACUUUAAAGAGGUUAAGGGAGGCUGUAAAGGGGUUGGAUAAGGUUGCUGCCAGUGUUGGCCCUUUCCUUCAACUGGUUACUGGGUUGUAUGGCAAUGAUGUUAAGCUUCAACAGCUGGAUGCAAUCAAGAAUGCUCGCGAAACUAGCUCAUUUGUAGUAGAAAACUAUGUGCUUGGCCGAGAAAAAGAGAAGAAAAUGAUCGUUGAAUGGUUGACUAGACCAGUAGGUGAUAAACCUGAGCCUUCUGCAGCUGCCAAUGUCUCUGCUUUGGCAAUAGUUGGUAUAGGAGGGCUGGGGAAGACCACUUUAGCUCAACUAAUCUACCAUGAUAAAAGUGUAAGAAAGUACUUUGGUCUACUUAUGUGGGUAUGUGUUUCUGAUUGCUUCGAUGCUGCAAUGCUAACAAGAAAGAUUCUAGAAGCAUCUACUAAGAUUAGGACGAACUUUGGUGACAAGAGUCUAAAUAGUCUUCAAGAGAUUCUUAAAGAGAACUUGGCAAAAGAGACGUUUCUACUCAUAUUAGAUGACGUUUGGAAUGAUGAUAAAGAAAAUGAAUGGGAGAAAGUGGUGGCUCCCUUGAAAUGUGGACAAAGAGGAAGCAAGAUCUUGUUGACAACUCGAAUGAACUCAGUGGCGGAUAUGAUUGCAAAAGCGACGAAAGGAGAAAACGAAAUUUUUAAACUCGAUGGGUUAGAAGAAAAUAGUAAUUUGUUGCUUUUCAAGAAGCAUGCAUUUGCCGGAGUGAACCCUGAUGAUCAUAAAAGCUUGCUGCUGAUAGGCAAAAAGAUAGCAAAGAAGCUAAUGGGUUGUCCAUUGGCAGCAAAGGUAAUAGGGGGACUUCUGAACUCUUUUAUGGAUGUUGGGUACUGGAUCAGAAUCUUGAAGAAAGACAUUGAAAAUAUAGAACAAGAUGAGGACGGCAUAAUGACACUUCUAAGAUUGAGCUAUCAACAUCUACCCACCAACUUGCAAAUUUGCUUUAGGUAUUGCUGUAUAUUUCCUAAAGACUAUCAGUUUAAAAAGGAUGAGUUGAUUUACAUGUGGUUAGGUUCAGGGUUGAUUCAAAACUCUAGACAUGGAGAGAGGCCAGAGGAUAUUGCCGGGAUGUAUUUAGAUCAUCUAACAAGAAAAUCAUUCUUUGAUCGCAAAUCAAAAAUAGGCGCUAGCGAAUCUGACCAACAUUACAUUAUGCAUGAUCUACUACAUGCCCUAGCACGAUCAGUUUCUUCAGGGGAAUGUUUGAGAGUAGAAGGCGAUAGUUCAAGAAAUAUCCCAGAAACAGUUCGCCAUAUAUGCAUUGAAACAAAAAAUCGUCUUGCAAUCAAAGAGGUCUCACAUCUCAAGAACUUGCGCACCCUUGUUAUAAAUUUUAGGUACUGUGAUCCUGAGCCAGAUCGACAAUUCGUACUUUCUGAAGUUCUGAAGGAGUUAAAAAGAGUACGCUUAUUGAGCUUAACUACAUCUAUCAUAUUUAAGUUGCCUGAACUAGUUCGUGAUUUAAUACACCUACGAUACCUAUCUCUUCAGCACUGUUCAGGAGAAGACUUAAUGGAUUUAAAUCCCCAAUUGCCACAUGCUAGAGAAUAUCUACAAAAUUGGUUUCUUAAUUCAGCUUACAGGCUUUAUCAUCUCCAAGUACUAAGAUUUUCAGUACUUCCUACGAUAACCUUUGAGAAAAUAGACAUGGAUGGCAUAAACAACCUGGUUAAUUUGCGACAGCUACACAUUUCUGGUCAUAUAAUAACCAAGAUACCUUGGAUCGGCAAACUAACCUCCCUUCAAUCACUAAAUGCUUUUAAUGUCCGGAAUGAGAAUGGAUUCAAAAUAAGUGAACUAAAGGACCUAAAACUUCUUCGUCAAUUAUAUGUCAGGAAUCUUGAGAAUGUAAGGAACACCAAAGAGGCUAUAGAGGCCAAGUUGAAUGAAAAAGAGAAUCUUGCAUUGUUGUCCUUAGCAUGGACUUCAGGUCACUCCACUGACCUACAGAUGGAUGAGCAACUAUUUGAUAUCCUCCGACCACAUAUCAAUCUCAAGAAACUGAAAGUUGAUGGUUAUGGUGGUACAAGAUCUCCAUAUUGGAUGGCAAAUCUCUCUCUCUCCAAUCUGAGAUCGAUUGAACUAUUCAACUGUCACAGAUGGCAACAGCUCCCACCUGUUAACCGGCUACCAUUGCUCAACUAUCUCCAUCUGAAUGGAAUGCAGGCAAUAAAACAAGUAGAAUUUUCAAUCAAUGAGAGCGGUGUUGCUUGUGCCUUUCCUUCCCUGAAGGAGAUAAGAUUUGUGGACAUGCUAGAGUGGGAAGAGUCGGUUGGAAUUGAGAACAGGUACCUAUUUCCUCAGCUUCAGACACUAGAGAUUAGAAAUUGCCCUAAGUUGAGGGGACUACCCACCCUGCCUAUCAGUCUAAGAAGAUUAGCAAUCAAUAAUGUUGGGUUUGCAGCUCUUCCACAAAUACGUCAGGACUGUAGCAAUAGCAGCAGAAGGGCGUCAUUGUUGGAACCUUCACUUUAUUCUUUGACCAUCAACAAUUGCCAAAACCUUACUUCUCUAAAUGAAUGGCUUCUGCAACAACAGCAACAUAUAAAGGCUCUUGAGGAAUUAUCCAUCCAAGGAUGUAGAAAGCUAGUGCACCUGCCAGUGGAGAUGUUUGCAGAACUACUUUACCUUAAAAAACUAACUAUUAAAGAGUGUGAACAGCUGGAGACGCGGGAGCUCCAAGACAAUAGCCUGCCCUCAAAACUCCAAGAACUCACUAUUGGAUCGUGUGGUGACCUCGACGGCUCAUUGCUCAAGUCAUUGCCAGGCCUAACCUCUCUCACUCAGUUGAAACUCUAUGACUGUGCAAAGAUAUCAUCCCUUGCCUCAGGAGAAGUGCUUGCAAAUUUGACAGCAUUGCGCUGUUUGGAAAUUCUAAACUGCAAAAAGCUAGAAUCAUUGGAUGCAAUAAAAAGUCUCUCAUCCCUCGUGUACUUGUCAAUCUACGGAUGUGACAAGAUUGUUGAGCUCUCAUUGCAGCAGGCACCAUUGGCCAUUGAUACUGAACAAGGGGAUGUGGACGAUUCCUCUUUAAAUCUUGAUAAACUCGAAAUUGAUCGCCACACAAUUCUACAUAUGGAGCCAUUAAGAAACCUCAGCUCCACCAAAAGGUUGACUAUCAAUGGCGGUCCACUACUUGAGUCCUUACCUGAGGGAUGGUUGCUGCAAAACCGCACCUCCCUCCAAGAAAUUAAGGUGAAAAAUGCCAUCUGCCUUCAGUCCCUACCAUCGAGCAUCGCAAGCCUCUGCAACCUGCAAACUUUGUAUGUAUUCAAUGCUCGUCUGAUCCAGUCACUUCCAGACUUUCCUGCCACACUGAAUACCCUGUGCAUCUCAGACUGUCAACAAACGCUAAAGGACCGCUGCAGAACGGAUAUGGGCCUUGAUUGGUGCAAGAUCGCCAAAAUUCCUAAUAAGAAGAUUACAGAGAAGUUACCUGCGGAGGGUAUCUGAUGAUAUGCCUCAUCUCACCAGCAUUAUUUCGUUUCUUUUCUCCUAACUUCAUUUAUAUCUAAAUGAUUUACAUCUUGCUAAACUUUACUUCUAUUAUAAGGUAAUUUACUUCUUGGUUGAUUA